AUCCAGGAAACCUGUUCCCUGAUAAUGGCCCUGCAAUUAUUCUCACUGGUAAAAAUCCAGCAAUUGUGCGUGUCACCAUAUAGGUUGAUGUGAACCAUUUGCUGCAGGGGCUCUGAAGCUGUGGCACAGGACAAUAAAAAAAAAGAAGAAGAAAAAAAAAUAACACAGGGAGAUAAUUAGCCUAUUAUCAAGCUCCUUUUAACACUUUUAAUGUGCCACGUUUCACAGAGAGAACACCCUGUGAUGGCAAAUAAUGAGGAUGAAUUAUGUGGAGGUAAUGGUGAAUGAUGGAAGCGGGCCCUGAUGUGCCAUCAUCAUCAUCAUCACCAUCACCAUCACCCUGCUGUCCUGAAAACUUGAACACACUCAGACUGUAUAUUUCACCCUCAUUAUGAUGCACUUGCUCGCCCUCUUGCUAUCUCACUUGUAAAAAAAAGAAAAAAAAAAGAGGGGAAGAAAAAGCUCUCUGUGCUGAAGCAGGAGCUCAUUCAUCCAGCAGCUCGCUCUGCAGAAGAGGAGGAGGAGGAGAGGAGGAGAGAUAACAGCUCACACGCAAGACAUUUAGAAGAAGAACAGCGACUUUAAAAAGGAUCAUAUGGCGCGUUAAAAGGGAUUCAGCUCAGGAUGGAGAGAUCUAUCUUUUGCAUUCAACCUCUGGAGAUACCGCGGACAUCCUCGGAAUGAACUCCUCCGUAGUGGCGCCUCCAGUGAUGCUGCUGCUGCUGCUGCAACUUGUCACCGAGGAGCGGCUGUGAUGCGCGGAUGCUGGAGGAUCGUCUCCACAAAUAAAAGUUGGAGUGCAGGAAUCAAGUUUGACAGAAAAGGACCCAUCACCAUUUAAUGCAUGUGGCCGGAUCACUGAGGGUUUUUAUUCGUCACUUGAGAGCGCGUUGUUUGCAAAAUCAAGGUGAGCGUCUUCUCACUAUAAUAAAAACAUUUAACUCUCAAAAGGAAAUAUUCUGCGCGACGCACUACUUUUUAUAAAGUGAAACUAUCUGUCCUCCUCUCUCUCUCCUACUAUAGUCCGGAGAGAAUGAGGUGUCGCUGGGUGAAGCAUGAGCUGUCAGAGAAUCAGUCAUAAGCGGCUGUUGUCUCUGCUAUGGGAGGGGGCAGCUCUCAGCCUCUGGAUCUGCUGCUGCUGCUGCUGCUGCUGGACCUCCGGAGCAGCUGGAACCUCUGGAGCAGCCGGACAAGGCGACGGCUCCCUGGGCUGGCUGCUGUCCGAUAAAGGGCCCUUCCACCAGUCCCUGGAGUUCACGGAGGCUGCAGAGAGGUACCAGCAAGGCUUCAGCACCAGAUACAAGAUCUACAGGGAGUUUGGUCGAUGGAAGGUCAACAGCCUGGCGGUGGAGAAGCGAGACGGUUUUGGUGGCAGCGGCGGCCUGGCUCUGCCCCUCGACCCCGACUUCAUGCACACCAUCCGCCAGCUGGGGAGGCGGCCAACCCUCCAGACGAUUACGGAGAGUCUAAUCAAGAAAUAUGGCACCCACCUCCUCCUCUCUGCCACUCUGGGAGGGGAGGAGUCUCUGACAAUAUUUGUGGACAAACGGAAGCUCAGCCAGGAGUCUUCGCCCGCGGGGUCCAAUGGCAGCCGCAGCAGCAACAGGAACUCUAACAGUACGGGGACGGUGACCCUGGAGGCCCUCCACCAGCUGGCUGCUUCCUACUUCACCGACAGAGAGAGCACGCUACGCAGGCUGCACCACCUCCAGAUCGCAUCCACCGCCAUACGGGUGACGGAAACCAGAACUGGGCCGCUCGGAUGCAGCAACUAUGACAAUCUGGACACAGUCAGCUCCGUACUGGUUCAUAGUCCAGAAAACAAGGUUCAACUACAAGGGCUGCAGGUCAUCCUACCAGGCUACUUGCAGAGCCGCUUCAUUCAGGCGGCUCUCAACUACAUCGGCUGUAAAUCUGAGGGCCACUUUGUGUGCCAGAGCAGUGACUGCUGGUGCGAUUGCAGCGCGGACUUCCCUCAGUGCAACUGUCCUCUCUCUGACCUGGACACUCUGGAAAGCAACUUGUUGAGAAUCAAAGACACCUGGAGGCGGACCAACCAGGAGUUUGAGGAAUCUGAGGAGUUCCAAAGCUUUGUUGGGAAACUGCCAACCCAUUACGCUGUAAACACAUCUGUCGUGGAACACAUGUGGAGGACGGAUGCCAGCUUGCUCCAGCGCUACAGGCAGCUGGAGACCAGUAGCAACCAGCUCCUCGCCAAAGCUCGCCGCGCCGUUAACAAGCUCUUCAGCCUCAGCAAGAGGUGCCGAAAACAGCCCAAAAUAGUCCUGCAGAGGACGAGGCCCCUGCACUUCUGGUUGAGCUACGCCCUCUCCAUUUUAUACUGCAGCAAGAACAACCAGGUCGGUGUUUACAGCGACGAGAGCCGCAGCUGCUCCUGCCCCUACAACCGCCCGCCUUGCCAGGGCCUCAUUCCCUGCUCUGUGGGCGACGGUGCCCGCUGUGCCUCCUGUUCCACAGAGAACAGGACACGAUGCUCCAGCUGUAACCUCGGCUUCACCCUGACCCAGGGAGCCUGCCGGCCCGCUGUGCCCGACCCCACUGACCCCUACCUGGGCUUGGAGAGUGACCGAGACCUGCAGGAUCUGGAGAUGCGCUACCUGCUCCAGCGGCGCGACCCCCGCAUCGCUCUGCAUGCCGUGUUCGUGAGCAAUGACGUGCGUGUUAACACUUGGUUUGACCCGUCCUGGAGGAAGAGGAUGCUGCUGACCCUCAAGAGCAACCGGGUGAAGUCCAACCGCGUCCACAUGCUCCUCGGACUCGCCCUCCAGUUUUGCCUCACCAGAAACAGCACUCUGGAGCCGGCGUUGUCUCUGUUUGUGAAUCCGUUCGGGGGCAGCCAUUCAGAGAGCUGGACCAUGCCUAUAGGUCAGCACGGAUACCCUGACUGGGAGCGCACCAGGCUGGAUAUCCCCUUGGACUGCUAUAAUUGGACUUUAACUCUAGGAAACAGAUGGAAGAGCUUUUUUGAGACGGUUCAUUUCUACCUGAGGAGUCGUAUCAGGGAACCCGUGGGAGUGACAGGAGGCAACAAGAACACGACGUUGUACUACGAGCCUCUGGAGCCGACAGAGCCGUCCAACAACAUCGGCUACAUGAAAGUGAACAGCAUGCAGCUGUUCGGAUACAGCGUGCAUUUUGACCCCGAGGCGAUCCAGGACCUGAUCCUGCAGAUAGACUACCCGUACACUCAGGGAUCGCAGGACUCGGCCCUGCUGCAGCUGGUGGAGCUGCGCUACAGGGUUAACCGCCUCUCGCCUCCAGGGGCCCCACACGUGGAUCUGUUCGCCUGUCUGCUCCGCCACAGACUCAAACUGUCCAGCGCAGACGUGACCAGGAUACUCACUGCCCUGCAAGCUUUCAGUGCCAGACAGCCAAACUACGCGGAGUACGAGGCGAAUAAACUGUGUAGUUAAUGGCCUCUAUUUGAUGUUUUGUACUAUCUCCUUGCCACAGACAGGCCUGUAUCCUUUGUCAGCUGGAUCCAUUUGUGUCAAGUGUGUGGUAUGUUGUUCAAGGCUUUGUUGUACAAACACUACGUGCAAUUAAAUUUGAUGUUUUCAUAAUUUCAGUGUAGUUUUAUGGAUUAAAGCCCUUGAAAACUUGGUUUCAAA